AUUCUCCAUGUUGGACCCAAACUGAGGAGCCCGGAGCUGCCGCCGGGGGAACGGGGCUAGGGGCACCCGGGGGAGCCGCUGCCCCGGCCGCCCACCCUCCGUACAGGCCGCCUCCCUUCCCGGCCCAGGGAGGGAACGAAAGGGGGGAUGUGAACAGCUGCGAGAGUCGGAGUCUUGGGAGCCGGAGCCGGCCCCCGCCCAGGCCCCCCAGCCCAGCUCAGCGUGCGCGCCCGCCCGUCCUCCCGCCCAGCCAGCCCGGGCCCGCGGGAUUGUUAGAUGGAACACGGCUCCAUCAUCACCCAGGCGCGGAGGGAAGACGCCCUGGUGCUCACCAAGCAAGGCCUGGUCUCAAAGUCCUCUCCCAAGAAGCCUCGUGGGCGUAACAUCUUCAAGGCCCUUUUCUGCUGUUUUCGUGCCCAGCAUGUUGGCCAGUCAAGCUCCUCUACUGAGCUCACCGCAUACAAGGAGGAAACCAACACCAUCGCUAAGUCCGAUCUGCUCCAGUGUCUCCAGUACCAGUUUUAUCAGAUCCCAGGGACCUGCCUGCUCCCAGAGGUGACAGAAGAAGAUCAAGGAAGGAUAUGUGUGGUCAUUGACCUGGAUGAAACCCUUGUACAUAGCUCUUUUAAGCCAAUCAACAAUGCUGACUUCAUAGUGCCUGUAGAGAUUGAGGGGACCACUCACCAGGUAUAUGUGCUCAAGAGGCCUUAUGUGGACGAGUUCUUGAGACGAAUGGGGGAACUCUUCGAAUGUGUCCUCUUCACUGCCAGCCUGGCCAAGUAUGCUGACCCAGUGACAGAUCUGUUGGACCGGUGUGGGGUGUUCCGGGCCCGCCUGUUCCGUGAGUCCUGUGUAUUCCACCAGGGCUGCUAUGUCAAGGACCUCAGCCGUCUGGGAAGAGACCUGAGGAAAACCCUCAUCCUGGACAACUCACCUGCUUCUUAUAUCUUCCACCCGGAGAAUGCAGUGCCUGUGCAGUCUUGGUUUGAUGACAUGGCAGAUACUGAGUUGCUGAACCUGAUCCCAAUCUUUGAAGAGUUGAGCGGAGCAGAGGAUGUCUACACCAGCCUUGGGCAGCUGCGGGCCCCUUAGCCUUCCCAGCUUCCAAGCAACAACCAUCCCAGUAGGGGACUUUGCUACAUUGUGCCUUUAUGAUCAGCCAGAGUGAAAGCUGCAGUGCCUCGUCAGAUGAGGCCUGGACAUAGUGACCGGUGGCUGGAAAGAGCUUUAGGACAGGUUUGGUGCCAAGUGGGUAGAUAGCAGACCAACAAUAGCCAGAGAUGGGUACCUGCUCCCUGAGUUGGGUUCCCGAGAUUUGUGUGUGAAUGUGUAUAUGUGUGUGUGUUUGUGUGUGUGAGUGAGAGAGAGAGAGAGACUUGCCUUGAACUAUGGCCAAGGGAUAUAGUUUUUCAGGUUGGAAGUGGAAAGGUCAAGACUUUCCCCAAGGUAGUUCAUCUCCUCUUCAGUCACCCUAAGAGCCACUAAGUUUUGUAGGGAUGAAGACUAUUGAAGGCUCCAUUGCCAAACCCAUGGCCUUUCCUCAGUGUUGUAAGACUUAUGCCAAGGAGAAAGGGUCAGAGGCUGCCUUCAGGCACCCAAGGCACAUCCCUUUCUGAAGCCUUUCUCCAGCCAUCUGCUACAGACAGAGACACUUCUGGGAAGAUGAGAACUUGUUUCCAGAACAAAUACUCCAGUGGCCAUGGGGUUCCACGGCCCAAGAGCUGCACUUGCUUAUAGCCAAGUGCCUAGCAUGGGCCCUUUCUGUGUCUCCUCAGUGGCUGAGACCAGGCCUGCCUUCCUCACCACCUAGCCAUAGUCAUGAAUCUGUGGGGAAGGAGGUCUUCUCUUUGCCUUGGAUGAGGACACGACUGAUUUCCGUUCUUUGGACUCUGUUUUAAACUUCUCUUUCUAAAC